AUGUCUUCCGCCUCCGAAGUGGCCCACACGACAGACAUACUCCACAUCAUCUUCUCCCACCUCUCCGCCGACAACGACCUCACAUCUCUCCUGCGCACAUCUCCCCUCUUCUUCAGUCUCAUCGCUCAAAACUCCAUCGAUCGCUACCAAUAUCGAACGUCUACCAAGCUGUUGGAGCUCGUACAGACGGUGGUCGUAGAGCGCGCACCGCUGCCCGUCGAUCAUCCAGUAUGGGCAAACUGGUACAAGCUCCCCCCUCUCCCUGCUGUCGAAACCGUCAUCAUCUACCCCGCCGAAAGGAACACCCGACAAAAGAGCGGUAAAAAUACCACCUUGCCAGACGAGGCCCUCAUCGAGCGACUUUGCCCCACUGCUACUCGGCUGAACCUCUCGACACCUUGCUUUACAGCCGGCGCAAAGGGUGUUCAGUCUUUGCCUUCUUUGCCUUGUGUAGAGACACUUGUGUUGAAGGUGAACGCGGAGGAGAUUAUGGAGCUCAAGUACUUCGUUCGGAAGCUCAAUUACGGGCUCUGGAAACACGGCCAGAAGGAGCGCCCGCUUUGCCUCAAUAUCAAGGCUGUCCAUUUACUGCUUUGGGGCGAAUUAGUAUAUCCUGAGGCGAAAUUUCUGAUCUCUGAUUGGGACAAGGAUUGCGUCGACGAGCUGGCAAUCGUGGAGCUCACUUUCUCAACAAACGUAAAGCUCAGAGACAAGAUCUUCCACAACCUCUGCGAGAUCGCCGAACGACUCGGUACGCGGUUCUCUAUCGACGAGCUUUGGCUGUACAAUGCCGAUACGCUGUUGGAAAGGUUGAGUAGAUGGACGAAAUUUCGGAAGGUGGAUAAUAUGAAGGCAAAGGUGGAAAGGGAAUUUGUGGAGGAGAUGAAGCUGUCGGCAAAGUACUUGGGCAUGCCGGAGGAGGCGGCGGAGGCUCAAGUCUUUUGGAGGACGGGUCAGGAGUUUUACGAGGCUUUCGGCGAUGUGUCAGCACGAGAUGAGACGGAAGAGUGGUACCAUACAGCGGUCCUCACGCCCUCCCCGAAUCUCGUCUCGCUCAGAGAUAGACUGGCAGCCAAGACAAAGUUUCCUGCUGAUACGUUCGUGGGCUUGACGGAACGAGAGGCUGAGUGGACGUUGGCAACUUUUCAAUGUAAGUGA